AUGAUUAAUUCAUUCGAAGGUCACUACAAGUCACGUCGAGCUAUCAACCUUGGGGGGAGAAGACAACAAGAAGAUAGAGAAGCACUCGUGAAAAAAACUCACGAUCAACGUAGAGCUAGAGAGAAAGAGCGACUGAAACAAAAGUCAGCAAUCAAAAUUCAGGCUUUUUAUCGCGGAAGAACUUCUGCUGGAAAAUUUCGUGAUAAUGAACGCAUAUCUUGGGAUCAGCAAAUCAAAUUCAUGAUAAAUAAUGUAUAUUCUGAGCGCGAUUUGGCUCUGAAUUUGGUUAAUAUCGUGCGCAAUUUUCUCUUUUUCUACCGUUCGCAUUAUGAUGCUCAAAGAAAAUUGUAUUUAAAUCAAAUAUUGCGGAAACAAACACAAGGUUUAGAAGCAAUGUUCUUUCCAUUAUACUACGAUGAUUUACGAGAUUUGUGGACUUACCAAUUAAAAAGGACUUUAAUUAUAUUUCUCAAAGAUAUUGGAAUUAAUAUUAUGCAACAAAAUCAAAGUAUUUAUAAUUUGGAAACGUUGCUUCUAUCCAUGGAUAUCUCAAAGUAUCAAAAAAUUCAGAAUAUUAAUAGAGAGUUUAAAAAUUUAUCAAGGAAUUUUAGAAUACUUUGUAAGGAAUGGCUUAUACAUAGAAUUGAGAAAUUGUUUGAUUCACAUGAAGAUAAAGAUAAUCCUGUAAUACUACCUUUAAUUGAACUUGUUUUGCACCCUUUACAAAUUUCAUCUUCUGAACACGAAAUCUUUGAUUCAUUUCUACAUAAUUUUAUCAAUCAUAUUUUUACAAUUCCACUAAUACCGAAUCGGAUCAAUAUUGAAACCUUAAAAAUAUUUUCUUCUCGGUUACCAUUGAAUGAUAUUAUUUUGAAAUUGUCAACUAUGGUUGGAGCUGCGGAGGAUAUAGAACAAGGAUGUGUACUGUUUGGAAAUUUGUUAGCAUUUGCACAUCAAAAGGUUUCAAAAAUGAAGAUUAAUGUGAUGUUGGCUUAUAUGAAAACAAUUCAAAACCUAGCAUUACGAAUUCCAACUAAUCUAUUAAUUGACAAAUCUGAAAAUUCUGAUGGUAUUUGA